AUGCGUCUUCUGAACAAAGAUCUUCGGUUGCAAGACAUCACCCUCAUGUACCUCACCGUUUUGGUCACUGUGGUGGUGCUCUUGGUGGCGUCCUACCAGGCUCCUGCGGUCCACUCCAGACCCGCCCUGGCCUAUCACAUCCCCUUAGACCCCUCGGGUCAGCUGGAGCUGUCCUGGAACAUCAGCUAUCCCACCCAGGAGGUCUAUCUGGAGCUGAAAGUCAAAGAGCUCCACCAUGGCGUUUUGCUGGGCAUGUCCGAUCGGGGAGAGCCCACAAAUGCUGACCUGGUCCUUCUGUGGGACGACGGUCACAAAUCCUAUUUUGGGGAUGCUUGGAGUGAUAAUGAAGGCAGAGUGAUGUUGGACACUCAGCAGGACUAUGAGCUGCUGGAGACUCAUCAGUCGACUGAAGGCUUCUUCCUGCUCUUCAAAAGACCAUUCAGCACCUGCGACCCGCACGACUACAUCAUAGAGGAAGGUACUGUCCACAUCAUCUACGCCAUGCUGGAGCGGCCCAUCCUAUCUUUGCAUGAGCUCAACAUAUCCCGUCUCCAGCCUGGCAUCCAGCGAGUGCUGCUCCUGCGUCCAGACGCUCCGUCCCCUGCUCUCCCGAGAGAUGUCCGCACACUGGAGGUCCUGGCCCCUGAUGUCAUCAUCCCCACACAGGAAACCACUUACUGGUGCCACAUCUAUCAGCUCCCGCCUAAUAUGCCCAAGAACCACAUUGUCAUGUACGAGUCUGUGAUCACUCCUGGUAAUGAAGCCAUUGUUCAUCACAUCGAAGUGUUCGAAUGCUCUCCUCAGAUGGACACCGUGCCUCAAUUCAGCGGCUCCUGCGAUUCAAAGAUGAAGCCCCGCAAACUCAAUUACUGCCGACACGUUCUGGCUGCCUGGGCCAUGGGAGCAGAGCCGUUCUACUAUCCUGCUGAUGCUGGUUUGCCUCUGGGAGGAGAAGGUUCUUCUAGGUUCCUUCGGCUUGAAGUUCAUUACCACAACCCUCUCCUUAUAUCAGGACGGAGUGACUCCUCGGGCAUUCGUUUGUGGUACACUCCAUCUCUGAGGAGGUUUGACGCAGGCAUCAUGGAGCUGGGGCUAGUCUACACUCCUGUCAUGGCCAUUCCUCCCCGCCAGCUCUCUUUCCAGCUGACUGGCUACUGCACCGCCAAAUGCACACAGACGGCUCUUCCUGUAGGCGGUGUACACAUCUUUGCGUCCCAGCUGCACACUCAUCUGGCUGGACUCGAGGUGAGGACCGUCCUGGUACGAGGAGGCAAAGAGGUGGAAGUGGUACAGGAGGACAAACAUUUCAGCACUCAUUACCAGGUAUAG